AUGGAGCUGCAGAGUGGAGUGGUACAGUGGUCACCUCACAGUAAGAAGGUUCUGGGUUUGAACCUGUCGUGUGGACUCUACAUAUUCUCAGUGUCUGUGUGGGUUCCCUCCACAGUCCGAACAUGUGGUGACUCUAAAUUUACCCAGGUGGAGGAUGGAGGCUACGAGUCAUCUGUCUCUGAAGAGAAGCAGGACACUCAGACCUGCAGCAGAAACCCAGACUCUGAGCCUCCAGGCAACCUCAAGACAGAUAAAUCUGGCCGUCUCCUCCUGGAGACUCCAGCCGACCUCCAGAACCUUCUGCUGCUGAGGAAGACCAAGAAACAGCAGAAAGCUUCUGUCACGAGACCCGCCGCUGCGUCCCCUGCUGUCCGGACAGUGCCUUAUUAUGUGGAUGAGGAGGAUUUCUUUAAGGCCUGUGAUCAAGCUCAGGAGCUGGUGAUUGAGAAGUACCUGUCCACAGGUGGAGACAUCAAUGCCUGUGACACAUUUGAGCGUACAGGUCUCCACAGAGCAUGCUCUCAGGGUCACAUUGACGUCAUCUCCAAACUGUUGGAGUCUGGAGCAAACAUCAACAGUAGAGACAAGCUGUGGUCAACAUGUGUCCACUCUGCCUGCCGAGGAGGACAUCUGUCUGUAUUAAAAAAGCUGUUGAACAACGGAGCCAAUAUGACUGCAAAAGAUAAGCUGGACAGCACUCCGCUUCAUGUCUCUGUGCGGACUGGACACCAUGACUGUGCUGAGCACCUGAUUCAGUGUGGAGCUGACCUCAACACACAGGACAGAGAGGGAGACACUCCUCUUCACGAUGCUGUUCGACUCAACAGAUUCAAAAUCAUUCAGCUGCUGUUACUGCACGGAGCUGACACACACAUCACCAACCAGGAUGGACAGUGUCCUCUGGACAGGGUGUUGCAGUGGCAGAAUGAAGCAAAGACUCUCCUCAUGGAGCAGCACCACAGGAAGUGA